CGGUUCACUAGGACAUCCGUAUCCGAACAGUGCGGAUAAGUCAGCGGGGUACUGCUGUAACCUCUUGCCCAUUGAAUUCACGCAGCAUCAACUUGGAAUAAUAUUUUGCUUUUUACCCAUUCUCUGAAUCACUGCAGGAAGUUCUUCCAAAAUUCAGCUCGCAGCCCUGGACUAAGACUUGCUCGGAACAAUGACGUCACAACUCUGGUCCUCAACUCCAUGGGUCGAUUCUGGCGAUACCUGGCAUAAGCUUCGUGUUCCAUACGUACAAGAUGCAACGUAUCUACAUACUCUUGAUAUAUGGCAACCAAAAUCUCUCCAGGGGUUUUCGCCCCAAACAGCGGAUUCGUUGCCUCGUGGGAAAGGCCCUUGGGUCAUCUAUAUCCACGGCGGGGCAUGGCGAGACCCGCUCGUCGACUCCUCGUCCUUCGAAGCUACUGCCCUCAAACUGCUGAGCGACAAAAGCACGUCAAUCGCAGGAGUCGCAUCGAUCAAUUAUCCUCUUUCAAGUCAUCCAAAUCAUCCUACACAUCCCGCACCACCUCGCGAUCCUUCGGAAGGUGUUGAUGUUGCUCGGCAAGCUAGACACCCUGAUCACAUAAUCGCUCUGCUCACGGCUAUCUCAUUUAUUCAAAAUGAACUUGGGGUAGCACACGAGUAUGUACUGUCUGGCCACAGUUGCGGCGCCACCAUGGCUUUCCAGACAGUCAUGAACCCCGAUCGCUGGUUGGGUACUGCAAAGAAGAUUACGGUUCCUACAGUGCAGAAGCCCAGCGUCAUAGCUCCUCUAAACGGGCUAUACGAUCUCGCUGCCUUCAUAAACGAUCCACCAGAAUCUCACAAACAACUAAAAUCACUGUAUACCGACUUCACGAAAAAUGCAUUUGGAGACGACGAGGCGGUUUGGAAGGCCAUCUGCCCUACGAGUGUUGCAGACUGGAAGACAGAGUGGCCUGAAGGCAAGGUCGUCGUUAUUGCUCAGAGUAAAGAAGACGGCCUUGUUCCGUAUGCUCAGACUGAGCUUAUGAAGGAUCACCUGAGAAAGACGUCAACGCUUGAAGUUGUUGAGAUGAAAGCUAGUGGUGACCAUAACGAUCUGUGGAAGCAAGCCGAUGAGAUUGUAAAUAUUAUAAAGCGCGCGAUUGGAUAUUUACCUAAGCCAUGAUAUCUUGAGGACAUAGACAAUUACAAGCCCGUUUAGGUUAAAUGAGCAAGGUUCA